CAGUGCCGACCACUGCACUGUCCGCUCGCUGAGGCCACCACCGCGCCGGACAGGGGCCGGGGCCUGCCGGGCGUGACGAUGGAGGACCCUUGGACGUGCUCCUCGGGUGCGUGGUUAUCGAGGGCCUGGCCAGGACCGGAGAACUUCCACGUGCAGCAGCAGCGUUUCCAGGUGCGCUUCACCGCGGAGCAGGUCGAGGUGCACGGCAUGGUGCAGUUCAUCAAGAGGUGGUUGUCCAGCGCGGAGGUGCGGGAGAGGCACACGGCUGGUUCCACGCUGCCGCUGAUGGAAUGGUUGCGGCGCACGUCCAGCAGCCAUGCGCCCGCCGCCCCGUUCCAGAUGCUGCAGGGCGUGGAGCUCAAGGCCGAGGUGGCGCCCUGCAUCGACAGGAUCAGGCAGCUGCUCACCAUCCUCGACGGCUGCAGAGGCCCGAGGCGGG